UAAUCAUUUUUCUCGUCCCUGUGCGCGCUGCGGGAACCAUAGGAGAAAAGGAAGCAGCUUUCAGAGGGGGAGAAAAUGGCGAAGAGUGAGGAGAACGGAAAACCGGUUCGUGUGUAUGCUGAUGGCAUAUACGAUCUCUUCCAUUUCGGCCAUGCCCGCUCUCUUGAGCAAGCCAAGAAACUGUUUCCAAACACAUAUCUGCUUGUUGGUUGCUGCAAUGAUGAAGUCACUCACAAAUACAAGGGCAAAACUGUUAUGACCGGCUCUGAGCGCUAUGAAUCUCUUCGCCAUUGCAGGUGGGUCGAUGAGGUUAUUCCUGAUGCACCAUGGGUGCUCACACAAGAGUUCAUUGACAAACAUGAGAUUGAUUAUGUCGCACACGACUCUCUUCCUUAUGCUGAUGCAAGUGGAGCUGGAAAAGAUGUCUAUGAAUUUGUUAAGUCCAUUGGAAAGUUUAAGGAAACAAAACGUACAGAUGGGAUCUCUACAUCAGAUAUAAUAAUGAGGAUUGUUAAAGAUUAUAACCAGUAUGUGAUGCGUAACUUGGACCGUGGAUAUACAAGAAAGGAUCUUGGUGUUAGCUAUGUGAAGGAAAAGAGGCUGAGGGUGAACAUGGGAUUAAAAAAGCUGCACGAGAAAGUGAAGAAGCAUCAAGAAAAAGUGGGAGAAAAGAUACAAAUAGUAGCCAAAACUGCUGGUAUGCAUAGAAAUGAAUGGGUGGAGAAUGCUGAUCGAUUUGUUGCUGGAUUUCUUGAGAUGUUUGAAGAAAGUUGCCACAAAAUGGGAACGGCCAUUAGAGAUAGAAUUCAGGAGCAACUAAAGAGGCAGCAGUUAAGAGGGCUCCUAUAUGACAAAGAGGAUGAUGAUGACGACGACAAUGAUGAUUACUUCUAUGAUGACAGCACCGAAGAAGAAGAAUACUACGAGAAUGAAGAUGAAAAAUAAGCUUGGGCUCUAAUACUUGUUCAUGGUCUUAAUAUAAAAAUAAUUUAGGUGCACAAUCAAUAGAGUUUAGUAUUGCAGAGAUAGGGUGUUGACUUAGUUUGCAAAAAAAAAACACAGCUUGAAGUUUGAGUUCUGACUUCUUUAUACAAUAAAUAAUGUAUUCUCCUGUUAUUGUCCAAGAUAGGAACUUGCCGGUUGAAUCAUGUUUAGUGAAAGAUGUUUAUGGAAAAUUAAAAAAACCAGCCCAGCCGCUGUGUGUCAAUGGAGGUUGAUCAGAUUUACUUUGUCAAA